CGAAAAAGUACCCACGAAGCAGCAGCCAUAGAAGAAAGACAGCCUCGUCUUUCUCCCCUCAAACCCCCUCAAUUAGCGAAAAUUAUUUCCUACUCCUCCUCCUUCCCUCCCCUCCUUCCUCGCUCACCGAUGCCCGGAUAAUUACCGCCGAGGCCUUCUCUUCCGAGACAUUUGCCAUUCUCAUACCCCAAGAAAGGGGUUCGGGCGUGUCCGUUGAUGCCCGGCCCUUCGCCGUCGGCGAUGGCGCAGCGCCGGCCCUCGGCUAUCUCUUUGUUCCUUCUCUUCCUCGCGGCCGCCGUCGCCGCCACCUCGCCGGACGCGUCCACACGCGGCGAGGAGAAGGCCGCCCUUCUCCGGCUCAGGAGCUUCUUCUCCGACACUGCCGGCCUCCUCCGCCGGUGGUCCGCGGCCCCCGGCUCCGACCACUGCUCCUGGCCCGGCGUCUCCUGCGACUCGAGAUUCCGCGUCGUCUCCCUCAACAUCUCCGCCAGAGCGAGCGACGGCGCUUCCUCUUCUUCUUCCUGCUCCCUAUCGGGGCCAUUUCUGCGGGGCUGCUCGGAUCCCGCCCGGAGGCUUGCCGGGAAGCUGAGUCCGGCGGUGGGUAAGCUCUCCGAGCUCAGGGUUCUUUCGCUGCCGUUCCACGGCUUCGAUGGGGAGAUCCCCGGCGAGAUCUGGGGGCUGGAGAACCUGGAGGUGCUCGAUCUUGAGGGGAAUUCGCUCUCCGGCGCCCUCCCCUCGCGGUUCCCUCUGCGGCUCCGUGUCUUGAAUUUGGCGUCUAAUCUGAUCCAAGGUGAGAUCCCACUCUUCCUCUCGAGCUGUGCAAAUUUAGAAACCCUAGACCUCUCUGGAAACCAGCUCAACGGUUCCAUUCCUCGGUCUCUGGGUAAUGCCUCCAAAUUGAGAGAGCUGUAUCUCUCUUUUAACCGGCUCGAAGGGUCCAUCCCUGAUGAAAUUGGUGCUGGAUGCCGCAACCUGGAGUACCUGGACCUAUCAGGAAAUCGACUGGUCAAUGGCAUUCCUUCUAAUUUGGGCAACUGCGCGGAGCUUCGAGCUCUGCUGCUGUUCUCCAAUCUUUUGGUUGGUUCCAUUCCCUCUGAUCUUGGACAGCUGAGAAAGCUUCGAGUUUUAGAUGUUUCAAGGAACAGCUUACGUGGCCCUGUGCCUGCAGAGCUUGGGAACUGCCUAGAAUUAUCUGUUCUUGUUCUUCUGAAUCUGUAUGAUCCGAUGCCCAGCGAGGACUCUUCGAGGUUUGUCGAUGAUGAUGAAUUCAAUAGUUUCGAAGGUGGGCUUCCUGAAAAAAUCACGUCCUUGCCGAAGCUUAGGUUGCUUUGGGCUCCGAGAGGAAUGCUGGAAGGGGACAUUCCGAGCAAUUGGGGUACUUGCGAGAGCUUGGAAAUGGUUAAUUUGGGUCAGAAUCUAUUCACCGGAGCAAUUCCAAAGGUGUUGGGCCGAUGUAAAAACCUUGAAUUUCUUAACCUCAGCUCGAAUAAAUUGAUGGGUUGGCUUGAUGAAGAGCUUCCCGUGCCUUGUAUGGCUGUCUUUGAUGUCAGUGCGAAUCGGCUGUCAGGCUCCAUCCCAAGGUUUAGUUACAAGCAGUGCCCUUCUUCUCAAUUCUUACCCAAUGACCUGUCGUCUGCUUAUUCUGCAUUCUUCACGUAUAGGACUCAUAUGGGACUGCCUUUCCCUUCUUUUGAAUCCGGUGGUGGCUUUGCAAUAUAUCACAAUUUUGGCAAGAAUAAUUUCACAGGUUCCCUGCCAUCUUUACCGCUUGCCACCAACAGAUAUGGAAACCAGACUAUUUAUGCAUUUCUUGCUGAAGGGAAUAUUCUCAGCGGAUCAUUAAAUGCCAUUAUCUUGGAGAAGUGCAGGAAUUUGAAUGGGUUGAUCACUGACUUAAGUAACAAUAUGAUAUCGGGUGGAAUUUCACCAGAAAUUGGUGCCUUGUGCAGAUCUCUUAUGGUUUUUGAUGUAGCAGGUAAUCACAUCGCUGGAACAAUUCCCCCAAGUCUUGGGUUAUUGGGUAAUCUCGUUAGUCUGGACUUGAGUAGGAACUGUCUUCAGGACAAGAUACCUGCAAGUUUUAGCCAGUUGAAGAGCUUGAAGUAUCUAUCAUUAGCUGGUAAUAAUAUUAGUGGUCACAUCCCCUCUGGCUUGGCUCAGUUACCAUCUCUUGAGGUUUUGGAUCUCUCAUCAAAUUCUCUCACUGGUGAAAUUCCUGGUGAACUUGUGAACUUGAGAAAUCUCACUGCCCUUCUACUUAACAACAAUAAGCUUUCUGGAAAGAUUCCUUCUGCUUUUGCCAAUGCUACAGCACUUUCCAUGUUUAAUGUGUCGUUCAAUAAUUUGUCUGGGCCACUGCCAUUGAAUGCCAGUACAAUGAGAUGUGAUAGAGUUCUUGGAAACCCUUUACUCCAGUCUUGUCGGGUAUUUUCUCUUUCUAUUCCGCCAUCAGAUGUGGAGGGUCACAGCGAGGAUUCACAAGCAUAUACUGAUCCACCACUAGGAAGCUCUCCUACUAGGAGUGGCAGUAGUGAUUUCAGUCCUAUUGAGAUUGCUUCAAUUACUUCGGCAGCAGCCAUUGUUUCUGUCCUAUUAGCUCUGAUUGUCCUCUAUAUAUACACAAGGAAAUGUGCACCAAGGCCUGCCAUCCAGUCUUCAGGAAGAAGGGAAGUCACAGUUUUUGUGGACAUUGGGGUUCCACUGACUUAUGAGAGUGUUGUCCGAGCCACGGGGAAUUUCAAUGCAAGCAACUGUAUUGGAAGUGGGGGAUUUGGUGCCACGUACAAGGCUGAGAUUUCACCAGGAGUUUUAGUGGCUAUAAAGAGACUUGCGGUUGGAAGGUUCCAAGGCAUGCAACAGUUCCAUGCAGAGAUCAAGACUCUUGGGAGAUGGCGGCAUCCCAAUCUUGUGACUCUAAUAGGAUAUCAUGUUGGCAACACAGAAAUGUUUCUCAUAUAUAACUAUCUGCCUGGGGGUAAUUUGGAAAGGUUUCUUCAGGAAAGAUCAAAGAGACCUGUGAAUUGGAGGAUGCUUCACAAAAUUGCUUUAGAUGUUGCAUGUGCACUUGCUUAUCUGCAUGACCAUUGUGUGCCCCGCAUCCUUCAUCGGGAUGUUAAACCAAGCAAUAUUUUGUUGGACAAUGAAUUCAAUGCUUGUCUCUCCGACUUUGGAUUGGCAAGGCUUCUGGGAAAUUCUGAAACCCAUGCAACCACUGGUGUGGCUGGAACUUUCGGAUAUGUUGCUCCAGAAUAUGCAAUGACAUGUCGUGUCUCUGACAAAGCAGAUGUAUAUAGCUACGGCGUGGUGCUACUGGAAUUAAUCUCAGAUAAAAAAGCCUUGGAUCCUUCCUUCUCUCCAUAUGGUAAUGGUUUCAAUAUUGUUGCUUGGGCAUGCAUGCUGCUGGAGAAAGGCAGGGCACGUGAGUUUUUCACUGAGGGGCUGUGGGAGGUGGCACCCCAUGAUGAUUUGGUAGAAACCUUACACUUGGGUGUCAAGUGUACGGUCGAUUCACUUUCUAUCAGGCCAACAAUGAAGCAAGUUGUUGGACGGCUAAAGGAACUGCAACCCCGACCUUGCUAACACCAGUAAUAUAUGCUUGAUUAGCAUAUUCACACUUAGAAAGCCUCGCAUAAGUUGUGCAUGAAAUGGGAGGCAAUCCAUGCCACUUCGUGCAGAAUAAAUUUGCAAUUUCUUCAUUUUAUGUUGCUUUCAAUGUUAAAAAAGAUGUUUUUGACGUAUGACAACAGGUGAUAUUGUAUAGAUGCAUGCAAUCUCUUUGUUCUGCAGUAACCGAGGCAUCCUAAGUUCAUGAUCGUGUCCUGCAGUUAAUAUAAGUCCAAGUGAGCUUGUUUUCUGAUACUGGAUCAUGUUUAUCGAAUAGCAUACAACUUGAAAGCUCCUUGGCUUUUCACGUAGGUAAGCUGCAGGAGGUUCUUUAGGAGAAAAGUGCUUGCAGAAGAUACUGCAUGAGACAACAACUUACGUACAUGGCAUGUACACCACAGCCCAUUAUUUCGAUAGUUGGCAGGAGGAUGAGCCACAGAUGUUACUCUUCAGGGGCAUUGCUGCUGAUAUGAGGUUCUGGUUUUUGGUGACAUGGACGACUUUCUUGGCUGGGAAAAGGAAAACUUAUUGAACUCAAGAGGUUUGUGGGUUCCUCAAAACAGCAUUCAAUCUCAGUUUCUGUGAACUUGGAAAGACAGAAAACAAUUGUCACCCAUUUUUAUACACCAUGCAGCCAGGAUGGUAUUCCCAUCGAAUGCUGUAGGAAAUCACGAUCUAUCACCAAUCCAUGCCGAUCUAUUCCUGCAAGGGAAUAUGUUUGUACAGUCUUCCUGGCCUGCAUUACCUGGGGUGAGCUGAAGAUUCCCUAAAAUCAGUUUAGCAGCUGCAGCUAGUCAGAGAACACGUAGCUUAAUGGAAAGAAAAUUUAUCUGAAGAAACUCCUAGCUGAUUAGGAGAGACCAAGAGAUUGCCCCAACUUCUGUAAUGGUCAAAACAACUUAUCUGUUGCUGUUUCCUCACAAGGAGCUUGUGCCUGUGUGUCUCAUUUGCCACCAAAAAGUAUGCUAUCUGUUUGCCGUGUUUCCUUUCUUGAAAAGAAUUAAGGCUAAGCGGAAGGAAGAUGGUUGAUCAGUGUAUAAGUUCAGUCAUCAUAAGCCAUUUUCGUUGUUUCCGGUGUC